UCCAAAGAUAAACGGAGGAACCGAAUUGGGCACAUAUGGUGUCAUCCUCCUCCUCGGGCUGUUCGGCAAGAUUCGGAAAAAAGAGAGAAUUUUUCAGAAGCCGGCGAAGCACGAAAUGGACGGCCGAGAAACGACUAAAACGUCGUCGUCCAAGAAACCAAAUAUAGGGACAAGUUCGAUUGAUGUAUAUGCUGCACAAUGUGCAGAAUGCAAGAAAUGGAGAGUGAUUCAUUCAGAAGAAGAGUUUGAGGAAAUCAGGAGCAAAAUCAGUACGCAACCCUUUUAUUGCAACAAGAAAUCUGGUGUGACUUGUGACGAUGUUGCCGAUAUGGAGUACAAUGCUACUAGGACCUGGGUCAUUGAUAAGCCUGACCUUCCGAAGACCCCAGAAGGUUUCAAGAGGCACUUGGUGGUUAGAAAAGAUUAUUCCAAACUGGAUGCGUAUUAUAUUACACCCAAGGGGAAAAGAUUGAGAUCACAAAAUCAGGUGGCAGCGUUUUUAAAAGAAAACCCCAUGUUUGAAGGCAUAUCCGCUUCAGAUUUCGACUUCGCAGCCCCAAAGGUAAUGGAAGACACCGUUCCUGAGAUUUUUGGUAAAAAGGGUUCUGAUAGCAGCCGCAAAAAAAUUAAAAAGAAAAAGAAUGAGGAUCAAAGUGCUGUUAUCACUGGUAAAGAAGAUGUUGAGUAGCUCAUGUUGAAAGAUCACCGGAGAAAAUUUUGUUGCGAGGUUUUGCUUUGUGUAGAAAUGAUGUCUCUUGUCCGUCCUGAUAGCGCGUUGAAAUUUUGAUACACUCCAGCCGCGCUCAUGCUGGAAUUCUGUUGUACUUCAGCUGCUAGGUUGCUCGGAUAAAUGUCUUCGGUCUAUUUCUGAAAGGGAUCCGAAAAUGAUACUCGCGGAGUUGUAUUUCUUGUGUUUCCAUCGUGUUUUGUUACUUUGGUACUGUUUUAUGCAGGAAAAUCAAUCGAAAUGCCCCUAGUUUUUCGAUUUUUCGUGUCUUCUU